AUGGGAAAACAAAAGCCAGGAGAGAGGAGGAGGCGGGAGCAGAGGAGAGACAGUGGCCAAUCAGUGGCCAAUAAGAGGUCGAGAGAGCGGUCUCAGAGUUUCCUUCCUCCUUUCCCCAGUGAAGAUGGCUGGGCAUUUACUGCAAGAGAUAAAGUAAAUAAGGUUGCUAGAGAGGUCCGGGACAAAGCCAGUGUAGGAAGUGAAGAAGCGUUCUUCUACCCGGCGGCCAAAAAUAUUGGCAUAGCUGGGUCCCAUUCUGGUGCCCAUGGCGACUCCACUAACUUGCUCGUAAAAAAAAAGUUUAUUGAAGGAGAAUCCAUUAAGUGUGAGUACCAAUUCAGCAAGGGUUUGAUUCCUGAAGAAUUCAAAUAUGCUCAAACGCUGAUGUUUGCUAUUGAAGAAAUAAAUAACAGUUCUGAAAUUCUUCCUGGUGUCUCUCUGGGCUAUAAGAUUUACAAUGCUUGUUGUUCAGUAGCUUUGGCCACAAAAGCUGCAUUAAUAUUAAUGAAUGAACAACAGGAGGAAAGUGAUCAUCUAAAUAAGUCCUGCCCAAAGCCACCCUCUGUUCAUGCAAUGAUAGGACUAUCUGGAUCAUCACAGACGAUUGGACUUGCAACGACAGCUGGACCCUUUAACAUACCAGUGAUGAGUCAGUUUUCAAGUUGUGCCUGUCUCAGUAAUAGAAAGAGGUUCCCUACUUUUUUCAGGACAAUUCCCAGUGAUUAUUAUCAAAGCAGAGCCCUGGCAAAGCUUGUGAAGCACUUUGGAUGGACCUGGGUUGGGGCCAUUAGAAGUAACAAUGAUUAUGGUAACAGUGGGAUGGCUACCUUUAUACAAGCUGCUCAGCAAGAAGGGAUCUGUAUAGAAUAUUCAGAGGCUCUUUUUCAAACUGAUCCUAGAGAUAAAUUCCUUAAAGUUGCAGAUAUUGUUAAGAAAUCGUCUUCAAAAGUCAUUGUUGCUUUUACACCUUAUAUAAUUUUGGAAUUGUUAGUUAAAGAGCUUUUGAUACAGAAUGUCACAGGUUUCCAGUGGGUUGGUACUGAGGCAUGGAUUACAGACAAGAACCUUGCAGAUACAGGCUAUAAAGUCCUGGGUGGGGCUAUUGGCUUUGCAAUUCCAAAUGCAGAGAUGCCAGGACUUAAAGAAUUUAUUAUAAAUAGUCGACCAGCAAACACUCCUGGGAAUACUGGCUUAAAUGAGUUUUGGGAAAGUAUUUUCAACUGUAGCCUAAAUUCUCACAAUAAUUUUAAUGUUAAGCCAUGCACAGGAACAGAGACUUUGAAAACAAUACAUAACCUAUACACUGAUUUGUCAGACCUAAGAAUAUCAUACAAUGUGUAUAAAGCAGUGUAUGCUAUCGCUCAUGCACUGCACAAUCUGAUGACAUGUCAAAAUGGACAAGGACCUUUUGACAACAGAAUAUGUGCAAACAAACACAGAAUAGAAAGCUGGCAGGUUCUACAUUACCUAAAAAGUGUUAACUUCACAACCAGAAGUGGAGAAAAUGUAUUUUUUGAUGAAAAUGGGGAUCCAGUAGCACGAUAUACAAUAGUAAACUGGCAAAAUAAUAAGCAGGGAAUCAUAACUUUUGAAAAUAUUGGUCUUUAUGAUGCUUCUUUACCAGAGGAACAGCAGUUCAUACUGAAAGAUGUUAAUAUUGUCUGGGCAGGUAAUCAGAAUAAGGUGCCAAGAUCAGUGUGCAGUGAGAGCUGCCUUCCAGGGACUCGUAAGGCCAUUGAGAAAGGGAAGCCAGUCUGCUGCUUCAUCUGCAUUCCCUGUGCAGAGGGAGAGUUCAGUAACACUACAGACUCACUUGGCUGUGACUUGUGUCCUUCGGAAUACAGGCCAAAUGAACAACAAGAUCAGUGCCUUGCUAAAACAACUGAAUUUUUGUCCUUUGGAGAAUUAAUGGGAAAACUUCUAGUCACAUUUUCUUUGCUUGGAACAUCCCUAACCCUAGGGCUGAGAAGCCUACUUGUCAACCAUAUGGAGAACAUGUCCAGCCCCAGUUUUCAAGAGAUGGAGACAUCAACAUAG